UUUCUCCUCGAUUCCUCCAGCAGGAUCAGAAUCUGCCCUGCCUCAUCCUGACCAUCAGAGUUCACCCAGCAGCGCAGAGAUGUUGGCCCUCUUCCACCGGCUCCUGGACUGGCUCAGGUCGCUCUUCUGGAAGGAGGAGAUGGAGCUGACGCUGGUGGGACUGCAGUACUCUGGAAAAACCACUUUUGUCAACGUGAUUGCUUCUGGUCAGUUCAAUGAAGACAUGAUCCCUACAGUCGGCUUCAACAUGAGGAAAGUCACCAAAGGCAACGUAACCAUAAAAAUUUGGGAUAUAGGCGGGCAGCCGCGGUUCAGGAGCAUGUGGGAGCGAUACUGUCGGGGCGUCAACGCUAUAGUGUACAUGGUGGAUGCUGCAGAUCGUGAAAAGGUGGAAGCCUCAAGAAACGAGCUACACAACUUGUUAGACAAACCACAGCUGCAAGGCAUUCCUGUACUUGUCCUUGGCAACAAAAGAGACCUCCCUAUUGCGCUAGACGAGAAACAACUCAUUGAAAAGAUGAACCUGUCUGCCAUUCAAGACCGAGAGAUCUGCUGCUACUCCAUUUCAUGCAAAGAGAAAGACAAUAUAGAUAUCACAUUGCAGUGGUUGAUCCAGCAUUCAAAAUCUCGGAGAAGUUGAGAUCCACGUCCCUCUCAGCCGCAUCUGUCUGUCCAGUAGCUGCCCGUCUCGAUCGUUCUCUGUAACACACAGACUGUCAGUAAUACAUCUUCACCGGUGGGCCGCAGACUCAUCUCAACUCAUGAUUUGCUACCAUUCGGCCUGUUUUGUUGGCUCAAUGGAUUAUACUUUUACCUAAACUUCUUUUGUCCAUUGACAAAGCGAUAUGGUUUAGAUCUGCUUUGGAGUUUAUCUCCUUUCUCCAUAAAAAUAAGUUUUGAGGUGUGUUAUUGUUUUUGAGGGAUCAUUUGGUCUGCUUAUCUUAAUUCUUGUAUAAUUUAAAGCUCUAAAGCAUUUUAGUCCCCCAAGUGAAGUCAAAGAGUGGUUGGAAUGAACAUUUGAGUAGCUAGUAUUGUGCAUUUAGAGCCUCAAUACAUUUUAAAUGUACACUACCAUUCAAAAGUUCAAGAAUUGAGUUGAAUUGAACUGAAAAGAACUAAGAAAAUUAAUACUUCAGCUAGGAUGCAUUAAAUUGAUCAAAAGUGACAGUAAAGACAUUUAUAGUGUUACAAAAGAUUUCAAAUAAAAACUUUCUAUUCUUCAAAGAAUCCUGAAAAAUGUGCCUUCCACAAAAAUAUUAAGCAGCACAACUUUUUUCAACAUUGAUAAUAAUAAGAAAUGUUACCAAAUCAGCAUAUUAGAAUGAUUUCUGAAGGAUCAUGUGACACUGAAGACUGUGGUAAUGAUGCUGAAAAGUCAGCUUUGCCGUCACCGUUGUAAUAGCAUUUCUCAAUAUUACUGUUUUGAAUGUAUUUUGGAUCAAAUAAAUGCAACCAUGAUGAGCAUAAGAGACUUCCCGAACCCCAAAGCUUUUGAAUGGUAGUCUACAUCCAGCUGAUAUUUUCCAUGUGCCACGCAAAUAUUAUUUUGGAAAGAUAAUGGAGCCGUUUGACUAGUUGGAUGCUCGACAUUUACCAAUAUCUGCCUUUCAGCAAAUGAGGAAGUUCUACUUGCUGAUUAUCUCAUAAUUAAUAUUCAUAAGUCAAGAUGAUUAGUAUUAUAAUGUCUCUCCCCAUGUUUCAGAUCGUCUCUAUGGCUCUGUCUAAAUCUUUUCCUAUUUGAGACUCAUUACAAUAAUAAAGCCCAGCUCAUUAAUAUUCAUGACCUACAGCUCAUGGACAAGCUUCACAUACUGUAGCCUUGAACAUGAAACAUCUCAAUUCUGAAAACUCUUCUAAUGGGACAAAGCGUAUCGCUGAUGGUCAUCUUGGCAUUUACAUUAAUUAGUGAGCAUUAAGUUAAGUGCCUUCUGCAAAUACACACAUUUUUAAUGCCCAGUAUGGGAUAUAGUGUUAUAUAUCGCCAAACAGCUAGUCUAAACUCCCUGUAGGUGCCAUUAUUACCAAUUUAGCACUGAUUAUUGUAUUAUUAUUGUUUUAAUAAUUUAAUUACUCCUCAUCAAAUGGCCAUCUUCAUUGUCUAUGCAUAUACACAUAUUAGGACGCCAAUCAUUACAUAGUUAUCUGAUUGCUACAGUGAACACCAACCCAUUACUGGUUAACGUACAAAACGAAUGUUUAGUUAUUUUAGGACAUGAUUCACGCACUGGAAGUGAAGGGUCUUGUGUUUAUCUUCUGGGUGAUCCUAUCCAAGCUGAAAAAAGUAAUCAUCUUUUUCACACAGUGUCAAAUGCUAGCUGUUUUAUUGAUCUUUUAUUUUUCUUAUCAUGCCCCUAAAUGCUCUGAAUUCUUCUUCCUGUCUUCUAAAUAUUAGUUUUACAGCUAUAACAACAUCGCGGUUGUCUUCUGUUGUAAAAUGUUAUUAUUUAUGACUUAUUACUGACACACUGAGUAUUAGCUGCAUGGUUCAGCGGAGUAGUUUUCCACCAACACGUUGCUUGAAGACUGAGAUGAAUAGACUUUCUGCUCUAGCUUCAGACUGUCUCUAAUCACGUCUCUAAUCUACCUCAGAGGUGUCAUGAGCGACAGCGGACGUUCAGAGAGCUGUGAAGGGAAGCCUGUUUUCACCACAGAAUACAAAAUAAAAAAGGAAAUUGCAUCCUUUUAUCUCACAAUUCUGACUUUUUUCUUGCAGUUGCGUGUUUGUAUCUCCCAAUGCUGACAUUUUUUUUCAGAAUCUUGAGAUAUAAGCAUGCAAUUGCAGGUUAUAAAGUCUGAAUUGCAAGAUAUAAACAGAAAUGUGAGAUAAAAAGCCACGGUUAUCUUUUUUGUUUUAGAAAAUGGUAGAAACAAGCUUCCAUAGCUGUGUACCAUGAUGAGAGAGAUCUCAAGUCUGAAUACUUCAACAUAUGCAUGUUGUUCUAUGAAGCAAAUCUUAAGAUUUCUUUGUAUCUUGUGUUUAAUCUUUUAAGAUGUUUGGUUUUUCAUAAUUGAUGAAUCUGCCAAAAAAAAUCUAGGAUUUAACCAUGAGAACAAAGGCUUUUGUUUAAUUGAGAAGCUUUAGUUGUGCUGCCAUAAAAAUGCUUGAUAGAUGCAUCGAUUGCAGACUUUUUAGCAUUAAAUACAACUAUUGUUCAUCCAAAUACUAGUUGAAUACAAUAAUUAAAACACACACACACACACACACACACACACACACACACACACACACACAUAUAUAUAUAUAUAUAUGUAUAUAUGUGUGUGUGUGUGUGUGUGUGUGUGUGUUUGUGUUUACCCAAAUAAGCUGUAAUGAUUUUCUAUGAUUAUAUUUUGGGAGGGAUAAUUCAAAUGAUGUGCACUAACACUGAAGCCAUUAAAAUGAGUUAUUUUCAUAUGUGUUUUUGGGCUUUUACAGAACAGGCAGGACUGAGUCAGAAUGGACAUUUAUGAUCUUAUGAUCUAAUCUGUUUAUGCUUGAUUGUUUGUUUAUUCAGUAUUUUUUUUCUUUUAAUUAAUUUAUUUUUUUCUCUUUUCAAAUCAGCAGUGUCUCACAUGGGUGCCCAGAAAUCCCAUUUUUUUUAAAUUCUUAAAGUACAUAUUAAUGAUUGCCGAGACAUUCCUGCAGCGUUGUAAUGGAGAUGAACGGAGGUCACGCUUUCACCGUUCACAUCUCUCUCUUGCUUCAUUCAUUCAUUCAUUCAGACAUGAUGUGUGCUGUCGGUUCCCAAAGCAGCAGGUCUGUGGGCUAAGCUUGUUUAUCUUUGUGCAGCCUUUAAACACUAUACAGGAUGGUGUCUUCUCUUCUUCGUGUGACUAUCCACACAUGAAAAAUCAAUGGAUCUGUUGCUGACUUUAUAUAUAAGCAAAUGUAAAACUUAUUUUGUUUUGCAGAGUGUUCUUAAUUGUGUCUCCUGCAUUAUUUUGUUUUGUGAUCACUCAAUAUUUUUUUUUGGGGGGUGAUUGUAAGCCUGUCAAUUUUGUACUGUUACAUUUGAUGAGAAAGUUGAGAAUGAUUUGUUUGGCUUUUGAUGUUCUAAAGUGAUGUGAUCAGCAUUUAUUCUGUUUACAGACGAAAUGUAAUCAUGAAAACUCAUUCUUUACUCCACUUUCCCCUCACAUUUUUACAGCAGUUGUAAAGUCAUUAAAGCUUAAAUAACACAAAUGGAAGUAUUGUAAUUGAUUAAAUGCUGAACAAGUCUAAACAAAAA